GGUCACGUGGCUGUCGUGGCAGGCGGGCGGAGUUCACAGGCUUUUCCAGCGGCCGUGGACCGUGUGGAAGGUGCUGCUGUUACAGCUCCUGCGUCCGCUACGGGACUGACCGCUCCCGUCCGAUAAGUGUGAAGGAGGUGUAUAAUGAAUCCCAGUAUGAAGCAGAAACAAGAAGGAGUCAAAGAGAAUGUAAAGUUGGCAUUUGUUCUUCAGUGCAAGAGUGAGAUAAUAAUCAGCAGUAGAAGCCGUCCCGUGGGAAAGAAUAGUCCUGUCCCAAGAAGAACUCUGAAGAUGAUUCAGCCUUCUGCAGCUGGAUCACUUGUGGGAAGAGAAAAUGAGUUGAUUAAAGGCUUGUCCAAAAGGAAACAUUGGAAUGAUCAGUUACCAUCUAAGGCUUCCAGCUCUGGACUUGUUAUUGUCCCAGAACAUAGUGAAAACAAAAAUUUUAGUGAAGUUACUCAAGAAGCGUUUGAUCUAAUGAUUGCAGAAAAUCCAUCCUCUCAAUAUUGGAAAGAAGUGGCAGAAAAACGGAGGAAGGCUCUCUAUGAAGCACUUAAGGAAAAUGAGAAACUUCAUAAAGAAAUUGAACAAAAGGACAGUGAAAUUGCCCGCCUGAAGAAGGAGAAUCAAGAGUUGGCAGAAGUAGCAGAGCAUGUGCAGUACAUGGCGGACGUGAUAGAGAGACUGCAUGAGGGACCCCUGGGUAACUCUGAAUCACCCGUCGGUCAGGAACGUGACUGGGAAGAGGAAACCGGCGAGGUCUCGGACGUGGAAGACGCAGAUGUGGGCACGUGUGCUGAAGAAGCCGUGCCUUCCUCUACAGGUGCAGAGCCGGCUGUGUGAAGGUCAUUCAUAUGUGACCUUGAGGAAUUUACAGCCCGAGUUGACCUCCACUAGAGUUCUUUGUAGCAGAGCAAACCACUGUGCACUGCAGAGUUGGAAUCAAACCUCCUUGUUUGAAUCCUGGGACCCCGUUGUAUUAAAAUACAAAUACUAUGUAUUUUUGAUCUAUGAUGUUUUAUGUAAAUAGCAUUUUCUCAGUGGUGAGACAUGGCUUGUGUGUAUGAUAAAUAAACGUCAGCUUGUUGA